AAAUGAAGGCGCAUUGGGGCACGUGAGAUGCACGUGCAACUAGGACAAAACCACAAAACCCGUUUAAAACCUAAGUAGCCGAAACGAGUAACGAGAGCUCCGUCUCUCCGCCGGCUCCUCCACCGCCAUCGCCAUGACCAAGUUCCGGAAGCUUGGCCGCCCGGCUGCCCACCGCGUCUCUAUGCUCAGGACCAUGGUCUCUCAGUUGGUGAAGCAUGAACGCAUCGAAACUACCGUCGCGAAGGCAAAGGAAGUUCGUCGUGUUGCAGAUAACAUGGUGCAGCUUGGCAAAGAGGGGACACUUGCUGCUGCACGUCAUGCUGCUGCUUUUGUUCGUGGUGAUGAUGUCCUUCAUAAGUUGUUUACAGAGCUGGCAUAUCGCUAUAAUUUCCUUGGAAAACCAGAGACCGAGCAGGUGGGUAUACAAGAUUACUUCGGACACGCAUACGAGUUGGGGAUGCUGCACCUAUGGCAUAUAUUGAAUUUGUUGACAGGGAAAAUGAACUCCGAGAGGCUAAACCCCCAAAACCACAACCACCUCAGAGAGUCCCUCUUGAUCCAUGGACAAAGUCCCGUGCUAGCCAACAAUGGGCUUCUCCCAAAGAGCAUCAAAACUCUGGAUCAGAAAGUAAAUAAAGUAUUGUUUUGAUGUGUUUUUGGUAAAAUAGAAUUUCUUUGUUCCAAAGAAAUUUUGUAACUUAGCAAUUAAAAGAAAAUGAUCCUAAAUGCUUUUAGAGAAUCAGGGCAUUUAUGUGGUGAUAAGUCAUAAUUUGUAUGUUAUUGCAGUUGGUGAACCAUCAGUUGUACCUAUUUUUGUGGUCAAUGCUGGAUUUUUGUAAUAAAAUCAUCCUUGAUAAA